AUGGUUGAUAGCAUAAAUCAUGCUAAAGGAAGAGAUAUGAUUGAUAGAACAUUAUUGGAAAUGGCUUUGUUUGAUUAUACAAGAGAUCACGACCUAUACUUAGGCACUUUUGUUAUGUUUUUAUAUGAAUUAGGAAAUUCUUGCUCUAACGAUUACUCAGAGAAUUGCAGUGGAAAUGUCUUAAAUUGGCUAAAAGUUGACUUAGAAGAAAUUCAGAAUAGAAUUAGCAAAUCCUGAAUAUCGUAUAUGAAUGAAGAACACGUAGACAAUUAUAUACUUAAGAGUCAAUAUAACAAAUGGAUAAGUAAAAAUUAUUUUAAGCCUAUACCAAGCAUUACCAUAGGUAAUAUUACGCUUGGCUUAGAUCAAGGAUACGGUCUUCAAACAUAUAUAUGCAAUUAUAUUUCAUAUACAUCAUAUGUCUGUGAUGAUACCUGUAGUAAGGAUUGCACAAUAGACGAUUUAAGCGAUGGCUAUUGUAAUAAAAAUUGUAAAAAAGAUUCUUGCUUGAAUGAUAUUCAAGACUGCAAUAGUUUGCAUGAUUUUUGUGAUGACGCGCACAAACAUGUUUGCAGUUAUAGUUUUGAUGUGAUGAAGAUUUAA